AUGCUGCUCCCGCAUCUCCGUCUCCAGCUCCCAAGUCAGCUCGGACCCUCUCCACAUAGUGAUAAAUGGGAGGAGUUGUUGAAGAGUGAGAUAUGGGAUAUAGAUGAUGGAAAUAAGAUUCUUCCGGCUCUAAAACUAAGCUACUAUCAUCUCCCUCCACAUCUGAAGCAGUUGUUUGCGUACUGCUCCUUAAUUCCCAAAGACUAUGUGUUUGACAAGAAUAAGUUAGUCGUAUUGUGGAUGGCAGAAGGAUUUUUGUCCCAAUCAAAAGGAAACAAGUCAAUGGAGAAUUUAGGUCAUGAGUAUUUUGAAGAGCUAAAGUCAAGGUCCUUUUUUCAACAAUCAACGAAUGACGAGUUAGGAUAUACGAUGCAUGACCUGAUAAAUGACUUGGCCACAAGUUUUGCAGGAGAGUUUUCCUUUAGAUUGGAUGGUGAAAUGGAUGUAUCCGAUGUCACAAAUGAAACUUUUGAGAAGUUUCGUCACUUUUCACUUGUAGGUCUAAGAUCUGGAUCAUAUAGAAAGCUCAAUGGAUUAGAAAGAGCUAAACACUUGCGAACUUUCUUACUAAUGUCUGUUUCUUGGAGAAACGAUAACUUUUUGGACAAGUUUCUUGAUAAAUUACUUCCUGGAUUACAGUUUAUGAGGGUGCUAAGUGUCGUGAGCUUGAAUACAAACCGUUACAUAUACCAACAGGUCACGAAGGUACCAGAAUCCAUUGGUAGUCUCAAGCAUCUACGGUAUCUUAAUUUUUCUUAUACUAAAAUCACAUGUUUGCCGGAACAGGUGAGUGACCUUUAUCAUCUACAAAGCUUGUUGGUUCAUCAUUGUAAAGAGUUAUCUAGCUUGCCAAGGAGUUUUGCAAAGUUAAUAAACCUGCGACAUCUUGACAUAAGUGAUACUCCGAAUUUGAACAAGUUGCCCUUAGGGAUUGGUGGUUUGAUGAGUCUACAAACUCUACCCAAGGUGUUUAUUGAAGAAGGUUACGGGUUCAAAAUAUCCGAUCUUAAGGGCCUAUCCGAUCUUCAAGGUCAACUUUCCAUUAUCGGGCUAGACAAAGUGGUAAAUCCAAUACAAGCAAAGGAUGCCAACUUACAUCAAAAGAAGGGUCUUGAAGUUUUGGAGAUGGAAUGGAGUGAUAAUGUGUUUGAUGAAUCUCGGGAUGAGACAAUUGAAUAUGAAGUACUUAAAGAACUAAGGCCUCAUCCCAAGUUAAAAAUCUUCAAGAUUUUAUAUAACAAGGGAACGAGAUUUCCUGGUUGGGUUGGCGAUCCCACGUUUGAUCAGUUAACAGAGCUUACGUUAUAUGGUUGUAGAAGUACACACUUACCAACACUUGGAUGUUUAGGGUCUCUUAGGACAUUGAUUGUUGAAAGUAUGAGUGAGGUGAAGACUGUGGGUUUUGAGUUUCAUGCACCUACAAAUUCGGUUAUUGGCAUUACAUUUCCAUCCCUUGAAGUUCUGAAAUUUGAAGAUAUGCAAAGUUGGCAGAGAUGGUCAAUUAAUAGUGGUGACCGACAUGGAACUCGUAGAUCAUUUCCUCGUCUUCACGAGAUCUCUAUAAGCAGUUGUCCAGAAUUAGCUGAGGUGUCAAUCGGAUUAAUACCUUCACUCCAGGUUUUAUAUAUAGAAGAAUGUUCCGAAGAGGUGUUAAAAGGCAUGGUUGGUGUGUCAUCAUCACUUGUUGAAUUGAAAAUAUGGGAUGUCAAAGGACUUAUUCAACUACACGGAGAAGAUUUAAUGCAUCUUGGGGCACUUGAACAUCUAAAUAUCAACAGUUGUGAUGAACUGAGAUACUUGUGGGAACGAGAAUCAGAAGCAUGGCAGAGUCUUGUGAGUUUACAGAAGUUGGAAGUAUCAUGUUGUAAAAAGUUGGUUGCAUCAGCCGAGAAAGAUAUUACUUGUGGGAUUACCAUGGAAUCUCUUAAACUGGUGAUGUUUAUUAUUUGUGAGACACUGGAGAGUUACAGUUGUCCAAAUAGUGUUGAGAGGUUGGAGAUACGACAUUGUGAUUCACUGACAUCCUUGACCUUCUCAGCAGUGCAGGAUCACGCAUCCCCUCUCACUGAAUCAAUAGUCAGUGAUUGUGAUAACAUCUCUCCAGAAAAAGACUUCGGUUUUCUCCCCAGGUCACACCUAACAUCUCUUGAGAUCAGUGGUUGCAAGAAUCUAAACUCAUUUCCUCAUGAGCAUUUUCAAAGUCUCACAUCUUUGGAAGAACUGUCGAUAGAAGUCUGUCCAAGUAUGGACUACUCCUUUCCUUGUGGAGUGUGGCCUCCUAAGUUAAGAAAACUAAGGAUAGGAUGCUUAAAUAAACCCAUGUCAGAGUGGGGCCCGCAGAAUUUUCCAACCUCACUAGUCCAACUAAAUUUAUAUGGAAAAAAUUCAGAAGUGGUUUCAUUUGUAGUGGCACACGAUGUGAGGAAUACUAUUACUACUCCUUCAUCCUCAUCAUCUUUUCUUCUUCCACCAUCUCUGGUUUCUCUACAGCUCACGGAUUUUAAAGAUGUGGAAUCAUUUUCAGGGGUCUUACCACACCUCACCUGCCUUAAAAGACUUGAUAUUUUCUCAUGCCCCAAGAUUACAGAUCUUAAGAUAACAUCCGGCCCAUCAAAUUUGACAAUAACAGUGUGGUAG